AAGUAGUAAGGCAGCUCUGGUUGCGAUAGGUUUUCUAGCUUUGACAGCUCUGACCGUGGCAGCAACGAUAGCACCCGUUCUAGAUGCCAUUCCAGUCGACACAAUUAAAAAUAAAAUUUAUAAAAUCACACACAUGAAAUUUUGUCCAUUUUGCACUGUAUUUCAAUCCAUGGAUACAAAUAACGAAGAAAUAGGAUCAGCUGACAUUAACAGAUCAAUUCCCAGUCGGAAACACCCGAACGCCAUUCGGGUCUCCUGACGUCACGUUCGUGUUGCCCCGAACAGGCCUGUCUCGGAGUUAUUACGCUCCCAGGAUUCCACAAUAGUACAUGUCCGCCAUAGGGCUUGGAUGGCUGUACGUUGGUUGGGGAGCUGUUCUCUUCGAGACCAAUUACGGCCUCAUGCAGCAAUCUCCUAUUGAAAUCAAGGAAAGGUUACUGAAGGCACUCGACAAGGAAUACAAUGUAUUGGAUAUGGCAACAGUAUUGGAAGUUGUCACAAUCCUGGAAAGGACUCCUAUUACUAAAGAAGCACUUGAGACUACACGUCUGGGGCGUGAUAUCAAUGAAUUACGGAGAAAAACGAAAAAUGAAUUUCUUGCCAAACGUGCAAAAGAUCUCGUUCGGAGAUGGCGUGACCUAAUUAUACCUCACAGUGAAGCAGCACCAGUUCACAAAGAAACUUCUCAACAAAAUGGUGCUACUCACAAUGCCAGAAGUGCCAUCUCAAGGGCGCAUCCAAUUUCCCCCGCCACUUCUUUACCUAACAGUGAUAAAAGUAGUAUAAGUCCAGUAUUGUCUUCAACACGAGUUGAGGCCGUUCCUAAAACUCAUGCAGCUAAUAAACGCCUGCGGAAAGAAAUUACCUCACCUUCUGUCAUAGCAGAAAAGAAAAAAAAUGCUGUAGAAUCUUCCCCGGAGCUUCCAUCAGCAAAACGUGCCAAGACUGAAUCUCAGACAGCUACAGAUCGACGUGUUAAUGGUGAUCAUUAUGACUCUGUCGGAUCUGACUGUGAAAUUGUUUCCGUAACCCCUGCACAGCCGAAGCUGAAGAACCGUAAAAAAGCACCCAAGGACAGGACUCAGAAGGAUACUGUAGGUGAGGACAUAGUUAAAGAAAAAAUUGCUUCUAUUGCUAGAAUACCUAAAGUGAAAACAACUAAAGAACUUUUAGCUGGAUUGAAAUCCAGAAGUGGUGGUGAUGCUCCUGCGAAUUGUGUUCUUCCAGUAGUCGAUCAUGACAUUGCCAGGAAUAAGACAGAACAUAUUGCAAGGUUUUUACGUUCUCAAAGUGAUGAAGUUGAGGAAGUAAUCGAUGUCGAGUCUCAAGAAAAUGAAAAUGGUAGUGAUACUGCUACUGAAGCACCAACCCAGAGUAGUGUGGCGAAAGAAGAGCCGCCUGUUAUGAGAACGGCUGAAGAAAUAUUAUCAAGACUACCUCCAUUAGAUCUUGACGCCAUUAAGUGGGACGAAACCCCUGUUCCUUCACCAGUACCUCAUGAAGUUACUUCCGAAGAAGUUGACCGAGUACUUAAUGAACAUAUUGAAGGAUUAAACGGGAAUUACGAUGAACGUGGUGAUCAAAAAGUGUUUCGGGAGUGGCAUGAAGUAGUGUCGAGAACGUCUUAUAACAGUGAACCUCUAUGUAUUUUGCCUUACGUAGUGAUUGAUUGAUGAAUAUCAAGUCGAGUAUUUAUUGAGUUCCCUUUGUAUGAAGAAGAACACACCAUGAGUCAUUAUGCCACAUCGUAGUAUGUACUUAUGUGUCAUUUAUUCUUCAUUUUCUUUUCUUAAGGUUAUUCAAUGUUUUAGGACUACAUAGAAUUGUAAGAACAAGUUAAUGUUUUGUUUAUUAAAUAUUAAUAAUUAUAGUUGAUUAUUACUCUUUAAAGUGCCUACAGCCUGACUGAUUUUAAGGCUAUAUUUCGUAUGUUAUUGGUUUUUUUUUUUUCUUGUUAAUUAUUUAAUGUUAUUUGUUCUUUGUUUAUUAUCUUGUUACGUAUUGUUUGGUCAAAAUUUUUAGAAUUAAUUAGUGUGCAUAAUGAUAGGUGUGUAAAGUGUAAUCAAAUCAGCAAGAAAGUUUAUUAAACAGAAGCAUUCAGCAUCUAGUCAGGCAUUUGUAAAUGAUUUAAAAAUACAACUAGUUUUAUUGUUGUAUUUAAAAAAAAAAAUGUCAUUGUGUAUACUAGUUGAAUGUAUUAAAAUUCAGAAAAUUCUGUUUAAUGGCUACUUGUUCGUUUAAUGUUACCACAAAUAACAUUCCCUUUUUUUUCUCUUCUUCUUCUUCAUAACUGAAAAUUGGAACAAGUUUGUUAUUCAUUGUGCCCUGUGCCUUGGUUUCUCUGAAUGUGGCCUUUUCCACGUUGUAGAAAUUUUUAGUCUUAAACAUUAACCAGAUAUAAAUUAAGAAAUUAUUUUAACUGUCCAAAGAUAAAAAUUAUUCCGUUUAUCUGUGGUUUGAUUUCUCAUUCAUUUUUAUAUCAAUUAUUCAGUCCAAAUUUUUAAACUCUCCAAUAUCAUCAGAUGUUAUAUUAGAAAAGAAAUACAAUUCUUGAUUUUGACACACUUUGUUUCAAGCCAUAGCUAAUUUUUG